AUGGGCAAAGCGAAGACGCUGAAGGAGGCCAAGGGCAAGUGGCAGGCGAAGAAGCCAGAAGCCGGACCCAGCCAGGCCGCCGCUCCUGUGGCGCCCAGGUACAGCGAUUCCUUCAUCCCGCCCGGCUGUGACACAGAUGAUGAGGAGUCUGCUAGAUAUGAAGAUUCCAUGACCAAGGGCCACUGGUGCCCCCCUCGGCUGUGCGGAAGAAACGAGUCGCUGGUGGAAGCUGUGAAUGACUGGCACUUUGCGAUGCUGAAUGACUCUCACCGAAAUCAGUUCUACUGGGAUGCCUUGGCAGCUUGCUGCAAAGGCAAGCGCGUGAUAGAUAUUGGCGCCGGCAGCGGCCUGCUGUCGCUCAUGGCGGCCAAGCUGGGUGCGGAGUCGGUGCUCGCGAUCGAGGCAUCCAAGGACAUGUUGGACCUGGCAACGCUCAAUGCCCAGAGGAAUGGGCAAGCGGACAAGAUCAAGAUCAUUCACGGGAUGAGCAGCAAAGUGCAUUUGGACGACGCCAGCAAGGUGGUGCCCCGCACCCACCGAGACGGCACCUUCGAGCUCCUAGGGGGCUGCAAGAGCGCCCGCAGCGUGGGGCAUUUGGCGCAGCGGGCUGUUCAGCUGGAUGUGCGGCCCACGUCGGAACAGCCCCACGAGUCGGCCUUCAUCGCCUGGGACUCCCGGUUGGUGCACCAGGGCCACACCUACGCGCCCGGCGCGGCGGGCUGGAACCCCCCCCUCAAGGUCCCCGCCUUCUUCACAGCGGACAACCCAGGCUGGAAGGUCUUCUUGCAGGAGGAGGGCUAUGUAGUUUUGACGGACGUACUGCAGUCUGGAGAUGUGAAGGAGGCCUUGCGGUUGCUGUUGCAGGACUUAAAGUUGCUGCAGCCGAAGCUCCAGAGCCUGGACCAGGUCAGAGAGCAGCACUUGCCCAGCAACAAAGCGGGCAACGACCUCCGCAUGUCCGCAGGACUUAGCCACGGCGCAUUUGCCUGGUACCUGCGGUGCCAUCCGGAGGUAUCCCGGCUUUUCGAGCAGCUGUUCGACUUGCCGGGAGGCAGCCCCCUGGUUGGCUCGGUAGAUGUCGUGGCACUCGCGCCGCCUUGUAGCUCGAGCUUCUAUGGAAAGCAGUGGCUGCACUUGGACUACACGCCCCCGCAGGGCCGCAUUUGCCAGGCCUGCCUCCAGCUCUUCCCUCAGAGCUGGGAGCUGGGCGCCAGGUGGGAGCGCAUUGCGCUCAUGGUCUGCAAGGCGCCGGCGGCCUGGGCCUCGCCACGGGCGGGGGUGGCGCUGCUGGCGGCCUGCGUGGCGGGGGUGGCGAGCCGCGCCACCGCCGGGGUGACCCGCGGCAAGCUCCACCGGGAGGACCCCGAGCGCCCGGACCGCCGGUUGCUUCCGCAGUUGGCCAACCAGCCGCUGGCGUCGGACGCAGAGGCCGGCGCGUUUGAUGUGCGACGAUUGAAGCCGAAGGAACUUCUGCAGCGCUUCUCGGAGGAGCAGCUGCGGAAGCUGCUGCCAAAGACGCAGGCGAAGUACGUGUCGCCGCAGCCGCGGCUGACCCGGGCCAAGCCUGACGCCAAGGGUCAGAAAACCGCUAAGCCGCCCGCCCUGAGCACCUCUGGGAAAUCGAACGCCAUGGCGGUGGAAGCGGCGGUCGCGGCGAUGAACGCCUUGGAGCGCCAUGCGCCCCGGACGCUCAGCGCGGUCGCUUCGCGCCUGCCCUGGCUGAGGGCGGCUCCGGAGCAGUCGAUUCCAUCCUUCCCAGAGGCGGCCGCGGAGGUCUUGGAGGCCGAAGCUUCUGUCGCCGGCGUGGUCCUGGAAGCUGAGGCGGUGGAGGCCUUGGAAAUGGACGGCUCGGUUCUCCCCAACGCGGAGGCGGACUAUACCUUCGCCAUGGGCUCGCCCUUGACCUCGGGCAUCAUGGGGGGUGCCACGCGCGGCUUCUUCGGCCCGGAGCUGCUUGCGCUGCAGCAACGGUCUCCCCUGCUGGGGGCGGUGGGGCAGGUGGCCUUGUUGGGCUUCGGCUCGCUGGUAGCCUCAGGCCCCUGUGCGAGCCUUUCCAGUGCCUGGGGCCGCGUCAUGACAAGCGUGCCCGGCGGCUCCCACUGGCUCGCCCAGUCCGUUCAGUGGAUGGUUGGCUCCCACUUGGGCCAUCACCUUGGCCAAUGGCUUCGUGGUACAGAGAGCCAAGUCGAGCCGAGGCCGGCCCAGGCUGGUGAGUUCAAUAUCUAUCUUUCAGAGAUGUGCGUGAUCUGCAACGGGGAGUUCGGGCUGGGGGACUUCCGCGUGGGUGCGCUGAACUGUGGCCACGCGUGCCUCUGCCGGGACAAUGGCUGCCUGGAGCAGUGGCAAACUCAAGGCAACCGCAGCUGCCCAGUGUGCCAGCAUCAGAAUGCCUACGUGGUUUGUGGAGUGAUCGGCUGA